AUGGACUCACCACACCAUGAUUAUCUUACUUCUCCCGCCAAACGGCGCAAACCGAAUCCGCCGCGAGAAAUCGGCGUGAUGAGGAAAUCCUCCGUUGACAAUGGCUCCGCCACCUUCCUCGGCAGCUCAAGCGGCAUUCAUUUCAUCCGCACUGUCUACAACUCAUUUGCCCGUCGCUCAGCACACCUGAGCCAGUCCCAGAGGGCACAGGAGAACCUAGUCCCCGGUGAAGAUGACCAAUUACUCCAGAGCCCGGCGCACGACGCGCAGGCAGUGAAGAACGAGCUGUGGGCGCCGCAGGAGCUGGACCACCGGCUCCGAACGGCUUCAUUUGAACAGCUUGUGCAAUGGACGAGGAGUUACUUUGAAUGUUGGCAUCCGAUGUUUCCGUUCCUUUCUGGUCCGAGGUUCCUUGAGCUACUGGAGCGCAUUAGCCAGGAUGGGUUGGACGGCGCAAAGACCACGGACGUGAUUCUCGUCCGGUCCAUCAUAUCCAUUUCUCUUAUGGAUGGCCGUCAGGUGGAUGCUGCGAGGAGUACGCAUGUGCCCGCCAAGCUGGUCUUUCGCACAGUCGAUCAGGCAAUGGAAAGCCUACACACGCUUUUCUGUGACCCGCCUACGAUAUCUAUCCUCCAGGCGGCUUUUAGCGUGGCAUUGUUCCUCGCUUCGCUGUUGCGAUUGAAUGCUGCCUCGCGGAUCGGUGGCGCUAUAACGCGCACCGCAUUCCAUCUCGGUCUACAUCGAUGUCCGGCACGAUUCGCCUGUUUUAGCCCAGAAGAAGCUGCAGUCCGACAGCGAUUAUUCUGGUCGAUCUACUGCCUAGAAAGAUACCUCUCCCAAUCCCUGGGUAUUCCACUGAGCAUCCGAGACGAUGACAUCGAUGUGUGUUACCCAGGGAUAGAAAGACACGGUGAAGGGGUAUACGAUCCAAAUCUCCGCUUGCUUACUUAUCUGGCUAAAUUCGCCCGCGUAAGAGGUUUAGUCGUCGAGCUCCGCAAUAAGUCCAUCCUCCACAGCCAAGAAACCUCCAACACUGCCACUCAAGUGAACGGGGAGCUCGCUCACUGGUGGAACGAAGUCUACGAUGAUGCUUACCCGGUGGAAGAGGACCCGGGAGUUUCGCCACUUCAUCGUCUACUGCUGAUCGUCUUCCGCCAUGAGUCUAUCAUCUCGAUGAACAGGCCACUCCUGGCGGCCGAGCAGUCAUCGCCAGAGUACAAGACGGCAUUGCAGGUUUGUAUUGAGUCGUCUAGAUCACUGAUUACGGCCCUCAGGGGCUAUGUCCUGCCCGGUGGUCAGGGAACGGUGCCGCUGGUAUGGCCGUCGUUCACAUGGGCCGUCUGGAUGAGCUGCUUGAUCCUAGUAUAUGCAGCAUGGGAAGGGGAUUUUCCCGUGCUAUCCGCUUCACGAUACGCCAAAACCGGCCUCUCCAUCCUCCAAAACCUAUCCCUGAGAGGAAACACCUGGUCGCAGACCUGCAUCGAAGCUAUCCGCGAUCUAGAAUCUGCCCUGUCCAACCCGCCGCCAACGCCCCUAACCGACAACCGACCAGCAAGCCUAGGACCGGCAGAAGACAGAGCCCCAGAUUUCCCCACUAACAUUGCCGAGGACCCCAGGUUAGCUCCGCAGUAUCACCCUUCGGUUGUGUUUGGAGACUCAUCGAUCAAUAACCUGCCGUUUACGUAUCCCUUUCCAGACCCCGGAGAUUUUGAAUCCGGGUGGAAUGACCUGUGGACCGUUGCGGAUGGGCCCUGGUUAAUCGAGGAGAACUUCGAUCAAAAUCUCGGGUUUCAGAUUUAG